CAAGGGCUUCAUCGCCUCUUCCUGAGCGUCGCUCGGAACAGCCCCCAGGUCUUUCUGGGCCAGUGUGGCCCCUCCCUUCUGCAGCUGCAUCCUUGCACCCCUGCUUCACACCGGUGGCAAGGGCAGGUGCAGCAGGCAAGAGACAGGGACUGGCUGCCGGGAGCCCUGUCGAGCCGGGGAGCCAAGGGGGACCGGCUGCUCUGGCGCAGGAUGGAGUCUGUGGCUUUGUACAGCUUCCAGGCAACGGAGAAGGACGAGCUGCCCUUUCGCAAGGGGGACACGCUGAAGAUCCUGAAUAUGGAAGACGACCAGAACUGGUAUAAAGCCGAGCUGUAUGGCUCAGAAGGAUUCAUUCCGAAGAAUUACAUCAAAGUCAAGCCACACCCGUGGUAUGCGGGAAGGAUCUCCAGGCAUCUGGCUGAAGAAAUCCUCUUGAAACGCAAGCACUUGGGAGCCUUCCUGAUCCGCGAGAGCGAGAGCGCCCCGGGGGAAUUCUCCAUCUCUGUGAACUACGGGGAGCAUGUCCAGCAUUUCAAGGUACUCCGAGAGAGGAAUGGCAAAUAUUUCCUCUGGGAAGAAAAGUUCAACUCCUUGAACGAGCUGGUGGAUUUCUACAGAACCACAACCAUCGCCAAAAAGCAACAGAUCUUCCUGAGAGACGACGACCAGACCCAUGAGGUACAGGGCUGUUCGGCUGCCCACACAGGUCACUCCAGGAGGGUUGCGAAAGGAGGAGAGGGCAGUGCCCAGCCCAGCAUGUCCACUGCUCACCAGCCAAAUCACAAGGUGAAGAAGCCGAAGUUCGUCCAGGCUCAGUUUGACUUCUCCUCCCACGAUCCGUCCCAGCUGGCCUUCUACCGAGGAGACAUCAUCGAGGUCCUGGACUGCCCUGACCCCAACUGGUGGAGAGGGAAGAUCUGUGGGCGAGUCGGUCUGUUUCCACGGAACUAUGUCCACCACAUUCACAUGUGACCUGCUAUCCACUGUCUGCCUGGACGCCAGCGCUCCCUGGCUGCCCGUUACAAAAUAAACUGCAAUCCCCUUGACCUGAUGCCCUAGAGCUUUUAGGGGACAAGUUACCAGAGCACCAAGGACCUUUCCCAGGCUUAAAGCCAUACUGGGGGAUGCUGCACUGGACAACCUGAACCCUCUGGGAACUGUGUGCUCGGGUGAAUCCCCGUGCGCUGCAGAAGCAGCUUGCACUAGGCAGUUGCGCACGGGGUAUUCAGUGUGGCAGGAGAGGAGGCAACUGGUGGUGUAUCCCUUCUUCUUCGUCCUCUGUAUAGCUACACUGCAAGCCCUUCGGGGCAGGGACCUUUGUCCUCACACCUUCCUGCUAAGAGCCAAGCACACAAUAAACCAUCAUAAUCCCACUGACUGAGCCUGCUCUCUGAAGGCAAGGCGUGUGGGGCUUGGCUUUUCCCAGCUCCUGGGCUUGUGAGCAGCCAGGUGACCUGGCCAUCCCAGGCAGCUGUCCAGCCAAGAGGAUUAAGAUGAACCCUUCCAACAAGUAUUUCCAAUGCAUGUUCCUUUGCCUGCCUGCCUCCUUCUAGAAUCAGCCCUUUUUCCUCCCCAGAUCUCAGACAGGCAGGCACAGGGCCAGGGGCUUUCCAGUGAGGGUUUCUCAUACAGAAGUGACCAACCUGCUUGGAUGCUGUCUGCACUGAAGUUAUCCUGAGCAAUCAGCGCGAGUGCAAUCCACAGUGAUUAACGAGGAGGCUGUGGGAGGAGACUGCGCAUUCCUGGCACCUUUAAUAGGGCUUCACAGAACAAUCAAAGAGACCAUAUGUUUUUUACAGCACCUGGUUACGAGCUGACUCUGACACGCUGCCAGCUCUGUUCCAUCGCUUACCCAGGGUGGAGAAAUUGAAUUAAUUGUUUAUGCAAAUGUAGCUCUGUCCCACCCAGGGCUGGUGUCAUCCCAUUAUCAACAGAUGGCAACAUUCUGGGCCAGAUCUCACCUUGUCAAAGUAGGUGUGAUGCAGCUGAAGUCAAUGGAGUUACAUCCUCACUCCAGCUCUGGAUUUGGCCCAAUGAUUAGAAACUGCGCUUGGAUUGUGUGUUGAGUGAGGGGGAGGGGAGGUUGUUUUGGCCACCUUUAAAAGCCAGCGUCACACUUGGGAAUCUUGCCAAGUCAAAUGCUAAGUGGGAAGGAAGAGAUUAAACUCCAUGCCCUUGCAAGCUGUCUCCCUAAGAAAUGGUGUAUUUAAAAAGCAAAGACUGGUGAAACCUGUUAGAGAAGGGGGUCAGAGGCAUAAGAUGCCCUUUUUGUUCUCCUCCAACUCACCACAAGGGCUUCAGGGCUUGCUACAAGCUGCGAGCUCAGCGAGAUGCUAUUAAUGGUCUAAACGUAAGGCUGUGGCCUGAACAAAGCAUAUAGCACCUUACAAAUGCCUCUUAUCGUUGAGGAGUCUAACAUGUGCUACUUCUAUACUUACCUGAGCCUCAGGGAAAAAGCGGCCACAACAGUGGCCAGCAAACUGAGCUGAAGAAAGAUAAGGGGUCAACCUGGAAAUACUUUCCUAAGAAACAUGUAAUGAAUCUAUGGAACUCACUGCUGCAGGAUGUCAUUCAGGCAAAUGGUUUAACUGGCUUCAAAAGAGGAUUAGCCACUUCUGUGUAUAAGCAAAAUGUUUCGUAGCUAGGUUCAGAGCUUCCAAGGGGCAUCAUAAGUCCAAGUGUUUCAGAGCACCAGAGAAAUUUUAUCCCAUGGGCACAAGUUGGAACAGUCAGGUGCAUUAUGAGGGAUCAUCUUCUGUGGCAUCAGGCUUUGGUCAAUGCUGGCAGCAGGGGGCACCAGACAAAAUAGGCUGUCAGUCCAUGUCAGUUUGGCAAUUUUCUGUUCGUCCGAACUCAGACUGUAAACUGGCACUAGUGCCUUGGUCUUUCACUCAGACUUCGUGCGUUGCUGAUCGACUGAAAACCAGAGGGUAGCCUGGGACUAUAAGGGCUACUUCAUUCCUGGGCACCUAAGUUAAAGGCUACUGAACUAAUGUUUGCCUUGUCCCGAGUUGGCUGCAGGAGACUUGAGGCAGGCCUCCUUAGCAACGAAGAAUGGCCACUGCGGUCCACAGAAAGCAUCUGAGCCAAACCUGCAGGCUGCCUCGGUUUGUCAGCUGCACGGACAUCGUGACGGCACCGAGCUACUGAGCCACAGAACCCACGACACAGCAUCAUGUGCUACCGUGUGAAAUGUCAUCUACCUUUCCGCUCCCCUCCAGUUGGCUCCAAACCUGGGUAGGUUGUAAAUUCCAUGAGACCAGCCUGAACCCAGAACACUCAGUGGGCUCCUUGUUAAUAUUGGGGGGUGCAUUAGGGUGUCACGUUUUGACUACACCUUCAGGGGGAAGGAGAAGCCAGUGGUGGUGUCCGCAACUCUUUUUAGCUUCCAUUUCCAAACUACUAUUCAAUCAGCUUGAUUUUUUUAUAUAUAGCUUGUUUCCUGAGGUCAUUAAAGAAAGUAAAGCAGAUCUCUCUCUCCA